AUGGGUACCGUGCUUCCUUGGCUAUUCACUCUCUGUCAUCUCCUUAUCUCCAAAUCCUCGUAUCCAAGUUACGGUGCUGCUAAUGAUUCCUUGUUCCCAAAUCAAGCCCUCACCGACGGCAUGAAUUUGGUUUCGUCCAACAAAAUAUUUGAAUUAGGAUUCUUUGGUUCUCCUCCAUUCAUUGGAAAGAGGUACCUGGGAUUGUGGUACAAGGACAUAGGGUCCAGUACUGCAGUAUGGAUUGGCAAUGUAUUGGAUCCACUUAGAUGUGGAGUGCUUGUAUUCAACCAAAGAGGAUGCAUUUUUCUCCAAGAUUAUAUAGGAACAACCAUAUCGGUUUAUAAGCCAAACCAGAUUGUUCUCAGACCAGUUCUGAAGCUCCUGGAUUCAGGUAAUCUUGUGUUUGGAGAUUCUAGAAAUCUGACGGCUGGAGAGUACCUGUGGCAAAGCUUUGAUCACCCUGUCGACACAUUGUUACCAGGAAUGAAGCUCGGUUGGGACCAAAAAACUGGUAUCGACCGAUCCAUGAGGUCCUGGAGGACAAGUGUUGAUCCAGCUCCAGGUGAUUAUUUGUUCAGGUUAGACUCAGGUGACUCAGGUCAUUCACCCCAACUAGUUCUUGAGAAAAAACAGCGAACAGUUUCAAGGUGGGGUCCUUGGGAUGGACAAAAAUUCAGUGGCAGUGAUGCGCUCAUGGAAAACAAUUACUUUAGACCAAUGUUUAACUCUAAUACUGAUGCAUUUUAUUUCACAUUCGAAGCCAAGUAUGACUGGAGUUUGAAACUGACACUGAAUCUAGAGGGAAAGAUAGAGUUCCUGAGAUGGAAUAAUGCUACCAAGCGCUGGGAUAUAGUGAAUACACUGAAUAAGGACAUCUGUGACCAGUAUAGGACUUGUGGGCCUUUUGGAGUUUGUAUUGGCGAAGAUCCACGCUGUUGGUGUCCCGAUGGUUUCACGGCUGCAUCACAAGAUGACUGGAACAAGAAGGAUUUUACGGAAGGAUGUAGGAGAAUCACCCCACUUAACUAUACUGAUAAAGACGUGUUUGUGAAGAAUACUGGACUAAAGCUACCUGAUAAUGCAAUUUACUGGGGAAUGUUGCAUCCCGAGGAGUGUGUAGAGAAGUGCUUGAAGGAAAGCUCGUGUAUGGCUUAUACUAACAUCAAUAUAAACGGAAAUGGCAGCAAGUGCCUCGUUUGGUUGGGGUGGUUACUUGAUAUGCGACGUUCACAGAAAUCUGAUGCACCUGUUUCCCGUUGGAGAAGGAAACCGAAAUGGAUAGUAUUUGUUUCUAUGAUGUCAGUGCUGCCGGGAAAUUCUCAAGGAGAUUUUCUGCAGGGCACGAAUGUUAUUGCAUAUGAUUUCAGUGUUCUAGCUGCAGCCACUAACAAUUUCUCACUGGAUAAUAAGAUAGGGCAUGGUGGCUUUGGCAAUGUUUAUAAGGGUGUGCUAGAGACCGGAGUAGAAAUAGCAGUGAAGAAGCAGAACGUGACUUCCCGUCAAGGAUUUAUGGAGUUUGAGAAUAAAGUCAAAUUAAUAGCAAAGCUACAGCAUCGUAACCUAACCAAGUUGUUGGGAUACUGCAUUCAUGGAACAGAAAAAUCCUUAGUCUAUGAGUUCAUGGAGAAUAAUAGCCUAGACAAGGUCAUAUUUGAUCCUGCAAGAAGGGUUACAGUAACAUGGCCAACACGUUUUAACAUUAUCAAAGGAGUUGCAAAAGGAUUAGCUUACAUGCAUCAUGACUCAAGGUUGACAAUAAUUCACCGCGACUUAAAAGCUAGCAAUGUCUUGCUAGACAGAGAGAUGACACCCAAGAUAUCUCACUUAGGGCUGUCAAGGGUAUUUGAAGACAAUGUUGAAGAAAAGACUCAACAUGUAAUUGGAACACGUGGUUACAUGCCUCCUGAAUACUUAGAAAAUGGAUAUUAUUCAACAACAUCGGAUGUGUUCAGUUUUGGAAUUUUGGCAUUGGAGAUUGUGAGUGGCGAAAGGAAUUGGAAUUAUCGGCACCCGAUCUAUGAUGUUGGUCUAGUAGGCUAUGCUUGGAGAAUAUGGACUGAAGGGACGGCCAUAGAACUACUGGAUCCACUGAUAGAAAAACCAGCUGAUUGUAAUGGAGUCUUAGGAUGCAUCCUUGUUGGGCUCUUGUGUUGUGAACGGCGCACCGAAGACAGACCUUCAAUGGCUCAGGUGGUUUCCUUACUGAAGGAGAAUGAAAUGUCAAGGUUAAAUUUUAUGCCGCAGGAACCUUACUUCUAA